GCAGGAUUUAAAGCGUCGAAAAUGGCGGAGUCGCUACGAAGAUUGGUCAACAUUGGUUCUUUCACAUCUCUGCAAGAGAAACUUGAGAGAUGGCUAGAUGAUUACCAUGUUCUGACAUGUGACCAGAAUGUAGCUAGAGGAUGUGAGAUCAUCGAACUGAACUCAAGGCUCCAAGGUCAGCUCUUCAAACUCCUCAGCAUCACAGCAUCUGAAGGUGGUUUAUAUGGAGGGGCCAGUACAAUCAAAGCACGUCUUCUCCCGCUGCUUGGUGCCAACUUCUUCACAGGGACUGCCACUGCAGACACUACGCUUUCACUGCUCUCGGAGAAUGCGGCUAAAGAUCGUGAAUUAAAUGACCUUGAGGAUACUUACGAGCGAUCACUUGUAACACUGGAAGAUGAUCUGAAAGCUACUCAGUUGGAAAACGAUGAUCUCAAAAAUGAACUUGCAGACACCCAAGAUGAACUGGACAAGAGUCAGAGAAUGUCAACAAGUGAAAAGAUGUUCACUGAACAGGAAAUAAGAGAUCUCAGAGCAAAGUUUAAUGAUUCCCAAAAUGAAGUGAUGCGGCUCCGUCUGCAACUGAGUGAAAGUGAUGCUACAAUACGUAGAUUAAGGGAUGACGUUAUUAUAUCAACAGGACGGGUACCUUAUAUUACCACAAGUGAUGUAAACGACUCCCUGGCAAGUUAUCGCUACCUGCCGAGAGUAAGCUCUCCGCUACACUCUGACGACACCACCCAGAGGGUGCGACAACAGAGCCUCAUUUCCAGGUUCAAUGACAUGUUCUCUCAAGAUCGUCUUGAUGCUAUGGAUAUCUUGCGGCGCUAUUCGGACGAUCAUGAAAAUAAUCAGCGAAUUGUCUUCGUUGCCAUGCAGGAAGCCUUUUCAGUAGCUAAGCUAGCAUUCCGCCAGUUUAAGAUCAAGGUUCGCUCCCAGCUGGCUGGUACCCAUCUAGGCCCUGAUACACUGGAGGAAGCUGUUCAGGAUUACAUAAACAGGAAUACGGACCUCUAUGACCUACCUGCAUUGGUAUCUGAUGUGAUACGUGCAUUGAACCGCAACCCUAAGCUCUACCUGCAACCCACAGCUUCCUACACAGUAAUCCAGACAUUUAUUCGUGAAGCUUGCAAACUUGCUUGGCAGAUGUCAGCACUGGCUCAUCCUCUAGAUAUCGCCAUAGCAACCGAUGCAGAGCUCUUUGAUGAAUUCAAGUAUCGUAGAAGUUAUGACUCAGAGUACACAGCCCCUCUUGUGAACCACCACAUAUGGCCUUGCCUACAACAGAGCACUAAGGUCCUUAUGAAGGGAGAGGCCAACACAAGGCGAGGUGCAUCUUUGGGGUCCCCAAGACGCAGCCGUAGCCCUACUCGCUCAAUGAGUCCAGUACGAUCAUACAGCCCAACACGCUCAGUGAGCCCCAGCAGGAGGUCUCCUAGCCCAAGAAGAACACUGAGUAGUCUGGGAGAUUCCUUUAGUGGCAGGUCAAGCCCAUCUGUAAGGAGCCCUCGGAGUCCACGGCCACUUUCUCGAUCAAACAGUUUCAGUAGCGAUCGACCAAAUACAGCAUCAACGACUCUUUCUCAUUACAUGUGACUUGGUAUGCGCUCAUUGAGCCGAAGUUCUCUCCGAUCCAGUUCUCCAAGUCGUCUCUACUAGCUGGGAUAAUACUCAAAUUAACCUCAGAUUUGACCUUGAACCUUGAAUGACCUUGAACUUUGACCCUGUGUUAUACAUUUGCUGUGUUAAUGGUGUCAAGCACUUGUGUGGAAUUCAGUAUUAAAUGACAUUAAACAAUUAUAAUUUGGAGUAAUCAAAAUUAGACGGGAAUUUGAUUUAAAGACAUUUGAUGCUGGAAAGAUAAAGGCAGAAUAUGAUGACUAGCGGAAUAAGAUGAUAAAAAUGAAGACAUUAGAUGUGGGCAUAAAGGUGAAAUAUGAUGGAUGACAAGUGGAAUAUGAUGAUGAAUCAAAACUAGACACUUUUAAUAUAGGUGCUUGUAGCUAAUUCUAGAUUAGUUAUAAAGCUUGAUAGGGUAACUGACAGAACAUGUGAAAGGCUAUAAUUUAUCGACAUGUGAUUGUUAAAUUACACAUAUUGUUAUUACAUGGAGAACAUUAGGGUACAUUUUCCCUAUCUAAAUCAUGGUUAUUUUAAUGUUAUUAUCAUGUACUCAAGGCUCUAUUAACAUGUACUCAUGGUUAU